AUGGGCCUCAAGCGCAAGCACUCCUCCGACGAAUCGCCGCUCUCCAUCUCCAGCUUCGGCGCCGUCUCCACACCGGAUGCGCAAUCGCCCAUGUCUUUCACCAAGGGCUAUAACAAGAUGAUGGAUACACAUGCACAUGCGACCUCGAGAUCCAAUGGCUGGGACUUCAUAAGCGCGAGUCGAGUCAAGGGCAACGAUUGGGGCAACCGCACACAGAAGCGGGUUCGCGACAACAGACCCGACGAGCAAGCGAUACACACGAGCGAGAAGAUAUGGAUGUAG